UUCAGCACAGCACUGAUGCAUACACACACUACUGUACAGACACACCGUUUGAGCGCACAGCUACACGCCUAUCUGACAGUGGACACGCCCUCUAGAACUAAACCAACCUGGCAACCUGCCCUUUAACAAAGUCCACCACAACUCACUUCUCCCACUCCGCACACCGUGUCCUCUUUGCUUCGAGGAUAGACCCCGGAGAAGUCUCGUUCACUCUCUUCACUCCAAACACUCGUCUGUCCCGACGAUGGCAUCUAAGAAGGCUGGCGGUCGCCCAGGCGGCGAUUCUGAUUUGCUGAUUGAUGCGUCAAUCAUCCGGAUCCCACCCCACCACUACAUUCAUGUGCUGGACCAGAACACCAACAUCGCCCGCGUGGAGAUCGGACCUCUAACUUACAUACGCCAAGACAAUGAAAGGGUGCUUUUCCCUCCGCUGCGUAUGAUCAUGGUGCCCCCGCGUCACUACUGCGUGGUGGUCAACCCCGUCGCCCGGGACGAUGAGGCCCGCGUGCAGUUCGACCAAUCAGGACAGGCCAAACUGAGGCACGCCGACCUGGAGAUCCGCCUCACACAGGACCCCUUCCCCCUCUACCCAGGAGAGGAGAUCCAACAGGAUGUUACCCCGCUCCAGAUUGUGUAUCCUGACACCGCCCUGAGGCUGCAGGCUCUUCUGGACUUCAAGGAGCUGAACGGAAAACAGCGUAUAGCCGGAGACGAGUGGCUCUUCGAGGGCCCAGGUACCUACAUCCCUCGUAAGGAGGUGUGUGUGUUGGAGACCAUCAAGGCUACGGUGAUCAGAGAGAACCAGGCCAUCAGACUCCGCGCACGCAAGGAGGGAGACGACAGAGGAGGAGUACACAGAGUCACAGGUGAGGAGUGGCAGGUGUGUAAGGUGGGAGCCUAUCUACCAGGAGCUCAUGAGGAGGUUGUGGAUAUCGUCAAUGCCUACAUCCUAACGGACAAGAAAGCGCUGCACGUGCGGGCGGUGCGUGCGUUCCGUGAUGCGGGCGGGCGCGACAGGAGGACGGGCGAGGAGUGGCUGGUGACGCUGGCCGACCGCGAGGCGCACAUCCCCUCUGUCGCCGAGGAGGUGGUGGGGGUGGUCGCCGUGACGACCCUGAGCAGCCGGCAGUACGCCGUCAUCCUGGACCCUGUGGGGGCUGAUGGGAAGCCUCAGCUCGGACAGAAGAGGGUGGUGAAGGGUGAACGUUCCUUCUUCCUCCAGCCUGGUGAGAAGCUUGAGCGUGGCAUCCAGGAUGUUUACAUCUUAUCAGAGGACGAGGGGCUGCUGCUGAAGGCUACCGAGGCUUUCAGGGACAUUCAUGAGGAGGAGCGGCGUGGCGAGGAGGAGGAGGAAGAGGAGGACAGGCCGGCCGAGCGGCGGCUGGGCGUGGGCCGUCGCCCCGGCGACCGCUGGAUGCUGCGGGGUCCCAUGGAGUACGUGCCCCCCGCCUCGGUGGAGGUGGUGCUCCGCAGAGAAGCCAUUCCCCUGGACGAGAACGAGGGCAUCUACGUACGCGACAUCAAGACUGGCAAGGUCCGUGCCGUGAUUGGCCAGACCUACAUGCUGACGCAGGACGAGGAGCUCUGGGAGAAGCCCCUCCCCCCCAACGUGGAGCAGCUGCUGGCGUCAGCGCGCGACCCCCUAUCAGAUCGCGGCGACCGAGGUCACUCCCAGACCGCGCCCCCCAGGGACAAGACGCGCGUCGUCUCGUAUCGCGUCCCACACAACGCAGCCGUGCAGGUCUACGACUAUAGAGAGAAGAAGGCCAGGGUGGUGUUUGGGCCAGAGAUGGUGAUGUUGGGUCCUGAUGAGCAGUUCACGGUGCUGGCGCUGUCUGGUGACAAACCCAAGCGAGCCAACGUCAUCAAGGCUAUCUGUCUGCUGCUGGGCCCUGACUUCUGUACCGACAUCAUCAUCAUAGAAACCGCUGACCACGCCCGCCUACAGCUGCAGCUCGCUUACAACUGGCACUUUGACGUAAAGCGUGAUGCAGUGUCGGCGGCGGCUCUGUUCUCGGUUCCUGACUUUGUGGGUGACGCGUGCAAAGCCAUCGCCUCCCGCAUCAGAGGAGCCGUCGCGUCAGUGCAGUUCGACGACUUCCACAAGAACUCCAAUCGCAUCAUCUGCUCGGCGGUGUUCGGCUUCGAUGAGAAGAUGGCGGUGCGCUCCAGCCUCCGCUUCCCCCAGAACGGCCUGGUCAUCAGCAGCGUCGACAUCCAGUCGGUGGAGCCGGUCGACCAGCGCACGCGCGACGCGCUGCAGAAGAGCGUCCAAUUGGCCAUCGAGAUCACCACCAACUCACAAGAGGCAGCUGCACGCCACGAGGCUGAGCGUCUGGAACAGGAGGCCCGAGGUCGUCUGGAGAGGCAGAGGAUUACAGACCAGGCCGAGGCCGAGAGAGCCAGGAAGGAACUGCUGGAGCUAGAGGCACUCAGUGCUGCGGUGGAAAGUACAGGAGCUGCGAAGGCGGAGGCCCAGUCUAGAGCGGAGGCCGCUCGCAUCCAGGGAGAGGCAGCCGUCAACGAGGCCACUCUGAAGGCAGAGGCUCAGAGAAUAGAGGCUGAGGCAGAGUUGGCGCGUCUGGCUAAGGCCCGGGAGGCGGAGCUGAGCUUCCAGGAGGAGCGUGAUAGGCUGGAGGUGGCCAAGCAGGAGAAAAUGGCGGCCAUCGAAUCCCAACGCUUCCAGAGCCAGAUACAGGCCCUGGGCGCCGACACACUCAAGGAGAUGGCCAGAGCCGGACCUGAACUACAGGUGAAGCUGCUCCAGUCUCUGGGUCUGCAGUCCACCCUCAUCACCGACGGCAGCACUCCCAUCAACCUCUUCGGUACCGCCAACGGCCUGCUGGGGGCGAUACAGGGAACCAAACCCACCGAGGGCUGAGGAGCAGACGGCAGAGACACCUGCACGAGAGAGAGAGAGAGAGAGAGAGACAGAGAGAGACCUGUAACUGUAGAUGAAGAGGGAGGGAGCGGUGUAUGCAGACCAUUGACCAUUGGAGCCUUUAAUCACUUGACUUGUUUACCUGCUUGAUGUAUCCUCUUGUUUACUUACUGUAUUUUUUGUAUCUGCUAUGCAUCUAUUCUGCACUCUAUGCUCUUGCAAUGGGUUUAAUUUUUAUCCAAAUGAUAAACACACCAUAGAAGGAAAUGCAGUGUGUGUGUGUGUGUGUGGCUAAGGGAUGCAGUGUGUGUGUGUGUGUGUGUGUGUGUGUGUGUGUGUGUGUGUGUGUGUGUGUGUGUGUGUGUGUGUGUGUGUGUGUCUGUGUGUGUCUGUGUGUGUGCAUGUGUGCAUGUGUGUAUGUCUCUGUGUGUCUGUGUGUGUGCUUAGUGUGUUUAUCUGUCCUCUACUUUAGCCUGUGGUGCCUUGUAGCCUCUUCUUCCCAAAGCUUGUGCCCAUCGCCUACAACGAUGACUACAUGCCUUUGCCUUCUCUUUCGAUUGUAGCCUAUGAUGAUGAAGAGGAUGGUGGCGAUGCCUUAAUGAUUAUGACUUGUUCUUAUUUCAUUGUACUGGAAAUAAAUAAAUGCAUGAAGUCAA